AUGCAGAUGCGGCGCGACGCGCUGGGGAAUGGUAAAGCCUUAGAGUUCGCGAAAGAGCUUUCUCUCGCAUACAAGCAGGUGAUACAGGCAACACAGCAUAUUGGGAAACAGCGCCAAGCACUCACCGGCUGCACGGAUCUGUCUGUGAAGACAAGGGAGUGGGCGGCUGCCGAGCAUGACAUUGCUGGUGCCCUGGAAAAAUAUGGAGCUGCACCCUACUGGGUGGAGCAGCGGGGCUGGCGUCCUGGUCGCCUUCAGUCCUUUGAGGCUGCCCACUCGCGCGCUAGUAGUGGCACCGAAGUGUCGUAUUUAUGUAGCCGUCUGCGCGGCUACGUAAAGGCCGCGUUUACCGCGCACGUCACAAAGCCGCCGAAACUGAAUGCGUCGGAGGUAGAUGUGGCGGAGUUGCUCACUUUUUUCACAGGUAGUGGCGAUGGGGCCCUCGUGGUGGAGGUGGCGCUAGCCAAGUUUUUCGUUGUUGAGAACAUGCACGUGAGAGCCCCUGAGCUGUGGGUGAUGAACUACUUGUUACACUGCUACGGCGUCGAGGAGGGUAUCAUGCUGGCGCACGAGGCAGAUGUAGUUGAUGGCGGAUUCAAGCAGCAGGGCGGCGGCGCCUUUGAAGAGCAGUUUCUAAUACAGAAGAACAUAUGGGCGGUUUCCCAGGUCCUCGUGCCGCAUUGCUACGCCGUAACGCGCUGUGACGAGGCGACAGCCAAGGCUGGGGUGGAGGCCUGUGUUCGCUGCGAAGGGACUGAGGGGCAGGGGACAGAGGGCGCAUUUCCAACGUGGCCGGGGACGCCGCCAGCCUCUCUUCCGCCGGCGUACCGUCUUGCGCGCAGCGUGAACGACUACGGGAAAGAGGCUGGUGAGGAUAAAACAAGCCGCAUUAUUGGUGAGCUUGAUGGUGUGAUCUAUGAUGCCUCCGCCCGCCAGGUUUUGUUGGUGCUGGAGGCAAAGCAGAACAUUGAUGUAUGCAAGGCAUUCAAGCAGAAGGAACGCCUGUACAACGCGCUGGAUGCUACAAGGAAGACGUUGUCGCAGGCGUCUCAGGGGGCGGCGCUGACGGCUGUCCAGCUGUCGGCCGAAAAUGAGACCAAUACGGCAACUACCACUGCCGCAGGUCGGAACGCGACCCCCGCUGCAGAAGCCGCAUGCGCAGCCUCAACUAAGCUGCACACCGAUCCGGUGGUGCUUCGCUUUUUCGUGACUCCGACACCAGCUGCGGAAGCAGCACGCGAAAACUUCUCCGUGAAUGGAUGCUCGCUGGUGACCGGUGUGGGCGCCGAGCCCGCUGCGAACUUCCAAGACAUGCGGAAUUCUGGUGACAUGGCCUCGGCGGCUGCGCCACCCGUUCGCUCAAAGGCAGCUGCAGCUCGCCUCGCGACUGCUGGUAACCCCUUUUUCACACAAGACAACUUUGCCGCCUUCUUUGGGGCAACUGCGAGUGCGGUGCAAGGUGAUUCCACGGCACCGUCUCCGACUCCAACGAGAAGCGAUAGCAUGACGCCUCGACAUUUGGGACGAGAUCAGCGAUGGAUUUAUCUAACCUCCUUGUCCACGGGGAACUCCCCUGGUGCGAGAACCACAGUGCCUGCACCUGGUGGUACCAUACACAUGGUUGAGCUGACGCUUGUCAAGACUGCGUGCAACUUUGUCGCUGAAGCAUACGACAGCUACUUCCAAAUAAGCACGCUUCCACCGACUGCGACGCCGGCUCUGCAGUCUCUCGUGUCAGCUAUGCGGGUGUGUUCUGCUUACGCGCCCGAAACAGAGCCAAUGGCUCUUUUUCAUCUCUUUCUUGAGCUGCCCCCGCAGGAGUGCAUCAGCGCCCGUGCAGAGACAGCGGCGGUGAGCCGGUCGGAUCCUUGCGAGUAUGUCCUUCAUCUGUUCCGCCAUGACGUCCGGUGCAAAGACGGCGCAGCAGCUCUCGAGCAGGUAUGGCUGCGAGAGAACUUCAUUGAUGGCCUUGUUUUGUCCGAGCACUCCUUCAUCUGA